AUAGAUCCGGAGACUCAACGGCCAGAAUAUGGAAUCUCAAUGAAAACAGCAACAGCGGUUCCACUCAACUAGUUUUGAGGCACUGCAUAAGAGAAGGAGGACAUGAUGUCCCCAGCAAUAAGGAUGUGACUUCGUUGGACUGGAAUAGUGAUGGAACACUAUUGGCUACAGGCUCGUAUGAUGGUUUUGCAAGAAUAUGGACAGAAGAUGGUAACCUUGCAAGCACCUUAGGUCAACACAAAGGUCCAAUAUUUGCCCUGAAAUGGAACAAAAAGGGGAAUUAUAUUUUAAGUGCUGGUGUUGAUAAAACAACAAUUAUUUGGGAUGCUCACACAGGAGAAGCUAAACAGCAGUUCCCUUUCCAUUCAGCUCCUGCUCUGGAUGUAGACUGGCAGAACAACACUACUUUUGCCUCCUGCAGCACUGACAUGUGCAUUCAUGUAUGCAGACUUGGCUGUGAUCGUCCCGUUAAAACCUUCCAAGGACACACAAAUGAGGUUAAUGCAAUCAAAUGGGACCCAUCUGGCAUGCUACUAGCAUCUUGCUCCGAUGAUAUGACAUUAAAGAUUUGGAGUAUGAAGCAAGAUACCUGUGUACACGAUCUUCAGGCUCACAGCAAAGAGAUCUAUACUAUCAAAUGGAGUCCUACAGGACCUGGCACCAGCAACCCAAACUCCAACAUCAUGUUAGCAAGUGCUUCAUUUGAUUCCACCGUUCGGCUGUGGGACGUUGACCGAGGAGUCUGCAUCCACACGUUAACAAAGCAUCAAGAGCCUGUCUACAGUGUAGCUUUUAGUCCUGAUGGAAAAUAUCUAGCCAGCGGGUCCUUUGACAAAUGUGUCCAUAUAUGGAAUACUCAGAGCGGAACUCUAGUACAUAGCUACCGAGGCACCGGGGGCAUCUUUGAAGUCUGCUGGAACGCUAGAGGAGACAAAGUGGGAGCAAGCGCAUCAGACGGAUCGGUUUGUGUUCUAGACCUACGGAAGUAAGAGCGAGAUGUUUUAGAAGAAAUUUCAAAUGGACCAGCAGUGAAUGUGUGGGGAGAAGCACUCUUCAAAACUAUUCUUAACAGCUCCAGAACUGUACGAACUUGAACAAAGUUAGAGUGUACCGUGAAACCAACUCUCCCUGGCCACAGGUGUCUAGUAUUUUGUCCGUAACCUUCAUCAAGGAGUAAAAACGCAGUCACUUCAGAGGGGGAGGGAAUGGUUUACACCUGGAACAUUCAGCCUUGGAAGCAUGAAGCCACCAGCUAGGCAUUGCACUAUUUGGUUUGCGUCUGAGAACUUGCUCUGAUGGCUGGGAAAAAAAAGCUGUGCCAAAAAAAAAAAAAAAAUUAAAAAAAAGAAAAAAAAAG